AUGGAGGCAUUCAUGGAGCAGGCCUACCAGCGGAUCAGGCAGUCCGCCACCGUGAUAACCCAUGCGCCGGCGCGGACGCUCCCGACGCAGGGGAACCUCUCAGCUGCCCGGGAUUCGCUUCCCAAGCUUUCGUCUGCGGACUACUUGUCCAGCAACGGCCCAGAGGCGACUCUCGAUCACCUCCUGGGCAUCAUUGUGCCCGCCUUGAAUGGUCAGAACCGCAGUGGCCGGUACUUCGGCUUCGUCACGGGCUCCACUCUGCCCAUCGCCGAGGUCGCUGAUAACAUCGUGAGUGCCUAUGACCAGAAUGUGGCGGUGCAUCUCCCGGCUCAGACUAUCGCGACCGAGGUGGAGGAUGCUGCGCUGAAAAUGCUGGUGCGUCUGCUCGACCUUGGGGGCACCGAGGCAUGGGAAGGCAGGACUUUCACGACGGGCGCCACGGGGAGCAACGUCCUUGGACUGGCCUGCGGCCGCGAAGCCCUGGUGAGCGGCAAGCUGCCAGAGGGCGCGGCUUCGAUCGGCGAGUUGGGAAUCCUGAGGGCCUGUAUGAAAGCUGGCGUGGAGGAAAUACAGGUCCUGACCAGCAUGGGCCACAGCUCUCUCUACAAGGCGGCGUCCGUCGUUGGCCUAGGCAGAAGCUCGGUCAAAGACCUGCCAAAGAGCGACGCGGAGCCAUGGCGGUUGGAUCUAGUGGCCGUCGAGAAAGAGCUGCAGCGCGAAGGCGUAGCGAGUAUUGUUGCUGUCAGCGCCGGAGAAGUCAACACGGGUCGCUUCGCGACCACCGGCGUUGCGGACAUGAAGAAACUCAGGCAGCUGGCAGACCGCUACGGAGCAUGGAUCCAUGUCGAUGGCGCAUUCGGAAUAUUCGCCCGUAUCCUUCCAGCAACUUCCGAGUUCGCAAAGCUUCGCGACCAGGUCGCAGGGCUGGAGCUGGCUGACAGCAUCACUGUCGAUGGACACAAACUUCUCAACGUCCCUUAUGACAACGGCAUCUUCUUCACGCGCAAGUCCUCUACCAUGACAAGCGUCUUCCAGAACCCGAAUGCCGCGUACCUGUCUGCCGGCGGCAGCUCCGAAAUCCAGAGCCCUUUGAACAUUGGACUGGAGAAUUCACGCCGCUUCCGCGCGCUGCCUGUCUACGCCGUAUUGAUGAGCGAGGGUAUUAGCGGGCUCUCGGAGAUCAUGGCGCGCAUGGUCCAUCUUGCUCGAGGGAUCGCACAGGCUAUUAGAGAGUCGGACGACUACGUCUUGUUGCCAAACGCAGACGCGGAUCUGGAAGAUACCCACGUUAUCGUCAUCUUCCGGGCUAAGGACGACAGCCUGAACGAAGCCCUAGUCAAGACGAUCAACGAGAGUGCUGAGUGGUAUGUCAGCGGGACGAAAUGGAAGGGCCAGACAGCUUGUCGCGUUGCUGUCGCUAGCUGGAGGGUCGACGUCGAGAGGGACCUGGAGCUGGUGAAGAGAAGUCUUGCCACUAUGGCAGAAGAACACAAGAAAAGCAGGUCGUAG